GCUGAGAUAACUUCUGGAUCUAUUAGGAGUAGUGUCUGCUGCAGUUUCACAGAAGGAAUUUCUUACAUCUCGUCCUAAGCUCACUAUUUUCUGUAGCUUUCUGUUUUGCUGCAGUCUCCCAACUUUCUUGGGGUAUUUCAUGCCAAGGAUGGCUGAACGGAAUAGGAGCAGAAGAAUGCCUGCUUCCCUCUCUCUCCUGGCUCUUAUGCUGCUGUCUCUUCUGGUCUCCUCAGUGGCAGUAACAGAAAAGAAGGUCCCAAGCAGAACAUUUCGGGUGCGGGCUCGCUCUUCUGAUGACAAGUCACAAGUACCCCAGUCAGUUGGAGUGAGAACUGUACGCAGAUUUCAGGGCAGUCGAUCCAGUCCAGGAGAGAGUGCAAGAAGGGUUAAUUAUGCUCCUCUGAGGCCCAUUGUUCGAAGUGAUGAAAAUAAACAGCGUGCAUCUGAGUCUGUACAUGUGGUCUCCCUGCAUUCUAUGAAUCACCAAGGCAAAAGCCAGCCAGUGUAUCGGGCAGCUGUUACAAAGCUUAAAAUUCCAGAGGAUGAUUAUCUCAUGGAACCCAAGGAGGUCAGUGUCAGAGUCGUGUCUUCUCAGUCUGUCGUUGUCACAUGGGAGGACCCACAAUAUGAAAAAUCUGGAAAGAUUGGCUCAAACAGACUUUACACUAUUCGAUACAGAGAAAAGGGAGAAUCUGCACGUUGGGACUACAAGAAGAUAAACACAAGACGCGCCUUGGUGGACAAAUUAAAUCCUGAUGCCAUGUAUGAAUUUUCUGUUCGUAUUUCACAAGAAGAUCAAGAUGGCCAAUGGAGCUCUUCGGUUUUUCAGAGAACCCCCGAAUCUGCUCCAACUUCUGCACCAGAAAACCUCUAUGUGGAACCACUAAAAGGCAAAGGGACAGCUGUUACUGUAUCAUGGGAUGAACUCUCUGAUUCUGCUGGCAAGAUAAGAGAGUACAUUCUAUCAUAUGCUCCUGCAAUGAAACCAUUUGGGGGCAAAUCCUUAUCAUACUCAGGAAGAACUUUAUCUGCUAUAGUUGAUGGUCUGCAGCCUGGUGAACGAUAUAUUUUCAAAAUCCGGGCAACCAACAGGAGAGGACAGGGCCCUCAAUCUAAAGCUUUUACAGUUACUAUGCCAGCGGCUAGUACUGCAACCAAGAAUCUUUAUCAUCAAUCUCAAAUAGAGGAUUUUGCUAAAUUGGAAAAGACAAAGCAAGAAAAAGUUCCAGUAAAAAAUGUUCCUUCAGAAUCCUCUGAAGAAGAUAGCAUAGACAAUUUUAGGGAUCAUGAGGAUACAUUGUCACAGAAACAAGUUCACAAAGUCUGGAUACCCAAUAGAAAAACAGAUUAUUCAGAGACUAACUCUCAAUCAACUGAAGUGACUGAUGAUGCUGAGACUACAACAUUAACACCUAAGCUUUCAACUCCAAGUCCUAGGAGACGAAUCCAGCCACACUUAAAUAAUCGAUUUAAUCCAAACAUUGCUAGAAGACCAUUUAGAACAAAUUCUUUCAAUUUACGGCGAAAACUAGUGGCUUCAAAACCUACUCCAACUACAAAAGUAGUAGAUGAAAACAAUGAAACAGAGGAUUCAGAAUUUCAUGAGAUAGAUCAUCAUUCCACAAUGGAAGAUAAACAUAAAUCUAACAAUGGUGAAGAAAUAACCAAUGAAAGUAAAGAGGUAGAAAGUUUAAAUAAUAAUGAUAAUUUAGAAAAUCUGGCAUCUAAAGUGUCUCAGACAGAUUCAAUUACAAGAGAAUCAAGUACCAAAAUAAAUGUACAUAAUGUUGACAGUCUACAUGAAGUAGAAAAAGACAAAUCCUUACCUACCUCGCCUUUGUCUAAUCCAUUAGUGAAAGAAGCCACUUCUUUAAAUAAUAGAAAAGAUACAAGUAGGACUUCGAUCAUGACAGGGAUUACUAAAUCUUCUAAUCUUGAAAAACUGCCCACAAAUCACAAACCACAUUUUGCCCAGAUACCAUCACCAAGCAUAGAUGAAGAAGGCAUAGACAUAAGUGAAAGUGAUGAAUCUAGAUCAUCUCCUCCUCAACAGUCUUCAAGACAGACUAAUAAUAGGAAUCCUAUUGUAACAAUUCCAAGGCAAGCUCAUUCUAAAUUGGUUCCAUCUUCUAAAGUUGAUCACAAACAAUCACAUUCUACUCCUAUUUUAAACAGGGAACCAACAUAUUCUGCACACAAUUAUACAAUCUCUGACCCCAAUUCUAAUAAAGGCAGCAGAGAUUCUGGUUUGCAAGACUUCCAAACUAAAACAUUCAAAGGACCUCAUUCAUCAAAGAUAUCUAAUUCUAAAAGUAGGCAACAAACAAUAGCCAGAGCUGCUUUAAGGACACUUUCAUCAACUACUAUUCCUCCUACUACAACCACUGCUGCUGCUGCUACUACUACUACUACUACUACUACUACAACAACAACAACAACAACAACAGCAACCACUACUGAAGCACAAACUACUAGUAAAUCAUACAAACCAAAUAUAAUGGCCAUUGAUAAUAAAGUAUCCUCUUCCACUAAACAGCCUUCUGUCCCAUCGUUCUCUGGAAAAUCAGCUUUAGAUAUAUUACAAUACUAUAGAAGAAGGAGUUCUCAAGUUAGCUCUAAUGUUGGACGUAAAAUAACAUCUAAUGGUAAUUCAAAAAGUGGGCCUGUGACAACUACUCAAACUACUACAUCAACAGCAGUUAUAUCGAUCACUAUACCCCCAAAAAUGAUAACAAAAUUUACUGAUGAUAAAUUACUAGAGGUCCCUAUAAAGAAAGAUCCAUACUUAAGUUCAUCUGAAGUGCCUUUUAAAUCUUCUAAAUCUAGACAAGAAAUGUACAUGAAAGAAUCUAAAGAAGUGCUUUUACCUAUUACACCUGUCAUACAUAAAUCCAAGAAAGAUGGUCAGAAAACAUCUUCAACACCAAUCAUAACAUCCAACAGGAAAACUGCUACCUACGAUAUACCAAUCAAGAAGGACAUCACUGGGACAAAAUCUAAGCAACUGAAAGUAUCAACAACUAAGGAGAGUCAAAUUCCAUCUGUUGCUUCUCAUUUAUAUAAUGAAAAAUCAAGGAACUCUGAAGAGGUACAUGAAGAACAACCAGAGGAAAGAAAAAUAUCACAGAAUAUGUACAAAAACCCAAAAUAUAAUUUAGCAGUUUCCACAAAGCCAACAGCAGCAUCUAGGAUAAGUUCAGCCGUGCCAAUUCCUCAAUUAAAGUCAAGUAAUUCUCAAUCAAGACACAUGGUUGACAGUUCUCAAAGUAAUGGAGAAUCAUCACCAUCAUAUGUAACGCAGAACAAACAUGCUGGACUGAAGAAAACAUUUGCUAAACAGGGAUAUGAUUCUUUAACACCAUUAUCAGGUGAUCCUUUGAUCCAGACUGAUAGCUCUGAUGUUGAGGAAGAUCAUGAUAGUCAACAUCAAACAAAAACAUCAAACAUGGGAACGUCUUUCCCAUUAUCUAGAACAGUCCACAGCUCAAGGCAGAGACCGAUUAAUAGGACAAAUGGCAGAAUCCCUGCAGAAGGUGAAAGGAGAAUCGGCAAACCAUAUGUUUCAUCUGCAAAAGUUGUGGACCCAAUGAAACAUAUCCCCACAAUUCUAGAAAAAUCAGAGUUUUCAACUUUAGACACAAGUAAUAUCCACAGCAUUCCUAAAAAACAACUACGUGAAAAGGUAGAAAUUCCCACAUCACCUUUAAGGACAAGAUUAUCUUCAUACUCUAAUGUUCGCUUGCUUAAAAACAGAAAUAGUAAUGGGAAUAUUAAUAAUAACAAAAAUUCCUUGGAAACAACUUUUUCUGAAAAGCAAUCUAUGAAGCUGGAAGAUGAAGAUGAAUUAAGUGCCCCACCUACAUUAAAAGAAAACAAUGAAAAGUCAUCUGGAGCUUCUUUAUUGAAUUCUAAACAAUCUGUUAUACCAAGGAGAGCAACUACAACGGUUUCCCCAACAACAAGUAGACCUCAAAGCUCCACCAGAGCAUCACCUUACCGAUUACUUCCAUCGAAAUCUAGACAACUAAACUAUGGCAGAUCAACAUUUCACAGGACUACGCCUUCACCAACUACCUCUCAAGUACGUACUGCAUCUCCUACCUAUUCAUCCUCCUUGCUACGUCAGAGAAUGUUAAAUUCAAGAUUAGGAUCUCCAUUAAGAAGGCAGUUUACAAGACCCUCCUAUAGACAAGGUAAUAAUGGAAGACCCAAUAUUCCUUCAAGGUUCAACACUAAUGGAAACACACCAUCUACAAGCAAUGGGAAGAUCAAUGGACAGAGGAUGAUUUAUGGUCCUGAAGGAACAAAGUGGGUUGUGGAUUUAAAUCGUGGACUGGUUCUAAACCCUGAAGGACGAUAUCUACAGGAUUCCCAAGGAAAGCCCCUUCGCAUAAAAUUGGGAGGAGAUGGUCGUACAAUUGUCGAUUUGAAUGGUACUCCAGUUGUCAGUCCUGAUGGCUUACCCCUCUUUGGGCAUGGUAGAUUCAGUAAGCCUGUAGCAAGUGCCCAGGACAGACCAGUUUUGAGCCUAGGAGGGAGACCUCUCAGGGGUCUUGAAGUGGCAAGAACAACCAGACCACCUACAACAAGGAUUACAACUACCCCUACAACUACUACAACCCUUCCUCCAACAACCACCACUACUACACCUGAUCCAACUACUGUUGAGCCAACUACUGAAGAACCACUAAUACCUACGUGUCCACCAGGCUCUUAUUCACAGUAUGAUGAGGAAGGAAAUAUGAUCAUGGGACCUGAUGACAAACCCGAAUGUUACUCAGAAGACAGCUACUCUGGUGAAGACCUGAUUGUUGCCACGACUGCUGCAGAGACGAUUACAUUCCCUGAUCUUGAUGAAGAUUAUGAUCUACUUGAGACAACACAGCACCCAAUACAGACAACAGCAACCACCACCGAUUCUCCAAUAUUUACCGAGGAAUCUGAAUUAAGAUCAUUUGAUAAUAAUCUGGUGUCAGAAUUUGAUGCAUCUGGAAAGAAAAGAUUUUCUGCUCCCUAUGUGUCAUAUAUAAGUAAGGACCCAAAUACUCCAUGUUCCCUCAAUGAUGCUUUGGAGCACUUCCAAGUGGAAAAUCUAGCAGAUCUUAUACCCAAUGAAAUGAAAAAUGAUGUUUUACCUCCCCAAAAGAUCUCGUACAAUAUUACUGUUGUGGCUGUGGAGGGUUGUCAUUCCUUCAUCAUUCUGGACUGGGCCAAACCCAAGAAGGGAGAUUACAUCACAGGUUACUUGGUUUACAGUGCAUCUUAUGAUGACUUUUUACGGAAUAAGUGGUCAACGCGGACUGCAGGAGGCACAAAUUUCCCUGUUGAGAAUUUGAAACCAAACACGAGAUAUUACUUCAAAAUCCAGGCAAAAAAUCCACAUGGCUUUGGACCUAUGAGCCCCUCCGUGUCAUAUGUUACAGAAUCAGAUAAUCCAUUACUCAUUGUAAGGCCCCCAGGUGGUGAACCCAUUUGGAUUCCUUAUGCAUUCAAACAUGAUGCAAGUUUUACUGGUUGUCACGGAAAGCAAUAUGUUAAACGCACUUGGUACCGGAAAUUUGUGGGCAUUGUCCUCUGUAAUUCCUUGAGAUAUAAAAUUUACCUCAGUGAAAAUCUAAGAGACACAUUUUAUAGCAUAGGGGAUAGCUGGGGAAGAGGAGAAGAUCACUGUCAGUUUGUGGAUUCUUACAUGGAAGGAAAAACAGAUCCUUUGUCUGAAUUCCAGAUACUACCCGUUAUUGAUGGAUAUUACCGCCACUACACCCAGGAGCCUGUGAUGUUCGGAAAAAUAGGUUAUGGAACGCCUCAUAAUUACGUGGGUUGGUAUGAAUGUGGAGUGCCCAUACCUGGAAAAUGGUAAUGGCUUGACCACCCUAUUCCAAGAAUUUCACAGUUUAUUCACGACUAAACUGGUGCCAUUUGACGGACUUGUAUAUAAAAUAAAGGAUUUAUGGCACUGCAUGGAAAAGAAAGGACAGAAAAACAUAAUAAAUCUGCAAGCUUCAAGAGCAAAAGAACUAAAGCACUGUGUAGAAAGAGAAAAUGUGGUGUUGCUUCUAAAUCGUCUUAGAAGAUCAAGUGGAAUCUGCUAUUGUGAUCUAUUGUUCCUGCAUAAAGAGAAAGUGGCCUAAGUACAGCUCACUUUCAGAGAAAUUCUUUAAAUAACCCAUAAACUUGGAAUAAUUUAUAACUUGCAAGGGCGACCAAAGCUUGCUGUGCAUGCUUACUUGUGAGUUACAGUAAACCCGACUGUUGCUUUGAAAAUGUAAAUCUCUUCCACCAUUACCCACUGGCAGACCACUGUAAGUUACUAGCUAGAUUCUGAUAUAGGACAGUCUGCAUUUAAACAAGAACUUGUUGGAUCUUAUGCCUAAUGGCAGUCUAGGGACUUGUAUUUGCCCUGUACCGAUGUGGUAUGUAUUGUCUAAGUUGCAUUCUCUUAUUAGCACUGCAAAUGCAUUUAAUUAAAUCCUGUGAAGAAAGUUCAAACAUCUACUGUCCACCCAUCAUUCACUAUGAAUGCUGGUGUGUAUAGUCUAUACUUUAUUCAUAAGGAUCAAAAGGUGAGAUGUAUCAAAGCUUGGAGAGAGAUACAAUAUCAACCAAUCAGCUCCUAACUGUCAUUUUGCAAUCACAUCCUGUAAAAUGGAAGUUAGGAGCUGAUUGGUUGGUACGUUAUCUCUCUCCAAGUUUUGAUACAUCAUCCCUAAUAAACAGAUCUGUAGCGCCGGUUAAGUGCUUUUUUUAGGCAUGCAGCUCUGAAUAAACAUACUAUAAAUGCAGAGAAUAUGCCCAAGUUUAUAAAUCCUAUAUUUGUAAUCUUACCUGUACAAAAUAAACUGAGGUCUCAUGUGCACUUUGUAGAUGGAAAGAUAUAGUUAGUAUUCAGAUAUGAUUAGUAUUCUGGCAUUUCAGUGGCAGCUGGGAGUCAUCUUUCCAUCUAAUUUAAAUGUGGCAUUAUGUGGCAAUUAACAGAUGAUGGUAAUAUACCAAUCAAUUCAUACCCUGGUCACAUACUGAAGAGAGGCUGUAUCUUACAACCAAGUAAAAUAAUGCUCUACUGGAUGUUACAGUAACUCUACACUAGUAUCAGUAUUAUAACCAGUGUAGUAUAACAAUAUAAAUUGGUUGCUGCAGCUGAUAGAACUUGUAAGUCUAAUGACUAAAAUAAUACAAAUAAUAGUGAUAUAUUAAUUGCAUGUAUUGAUAACUGUUGGUAGAAUCGGCAUCCCUGUAAAUUCUAAGCAUAAAUCAAAGUGUUCCUACCUUCAAAUGUAAAAAAAAUAUUUUUAUUAAUAUAUGAUAAAACAAAAACAUUUAAUUAGUAAACAUAUUUUUGUCAGAUUUCAAACUGGAUUUGAAAUCAGUUUGGGUGUUUUUAUAAGCAAAAUGAGUAUGACAGACGUGUCUUCACAGCACCCUCCUAUGCGAACAUUUUGGUUCAACAGUCUAUGAUACAUGAAUAACCCAGUCCAGUUCUUUAUGAAAAAUGACUGACCACUGCUCAGAGCCUAUUACUGAGCUUAGAGUAAUGUGCCACACCUUCUUGAUUCAGUUUCAUCUUCAUGAAAACCUUAUACUGAAUAGAUCACUUAGCGUUUGGACUUAUCAGAAAAUCAGUAACCUUUGUGAGACUUUUAAUGAAAUACACAUAAAUGCUAUACAAUUCUUGAGCAAUAAUUUUUAACCCAUUUUGCUGACAGCCGAACAAACUGUGCCCUAUUUCACCAUUAGUGCCUGCCUCUCAUUAUCAUUCUGUACUAUGCAUGGUUAAUGACCAACACAAUGAUUGUCACUUGUACUGUAGUUUAAAUAUUCCUGUAACUUACUGCACCAUACUUUUAUACCACAGCAUACUUAUUACCGAUCUCAUAACAUCUAACUUUGACAGGGACAGACUGGGGGUGUAUUUCCCUCACUGCACAUGAAAAAGGUGUGUGGCCACGCCUCACAGGGAUGAAUCACAUGUUGCGGCACACCCCCUUUCCUCUACAUGCUGGCCAAGCAGAUUGCUGGGAGGUUGACCCACUCGGACAGAUUUUCAGGACCAGACCAGCCUAUCAGGCCAGAAGUGCCAGAUAGCCAGUCUGGUCGUAUACUGUGGUGACUAUAGUAGGCGUACAGCAUGUCAGUGGUUUACACAUUCUCUUAACCCUUUAUGACCCAUUGCAUGUUUCCGGUGUAUCCCAGUGAUGACACUGGUAAAGUAGACGAAUGAGGCCCCAAGUAACCCAUAAACAUAUGGUUUGGUCAUUUAGACCCAAUGUCCAUCCUAAUGGACACUGAUUUGCUAGUGUUGUAGGUAUUACAUUUUUUAAUAAUGUCCAUUUAAAUGAACAAGGAGUUAUAAAUGGUUAAAUGAAAGGCUGGGAAAUGUAUCCAUGGAGAGAGAUAAAGUGGAGUAGUCCAAAGCAACAAAUGUCUAACUAUCAUUUAUCUAGCACAAUCAUUGAAAUGACAGAAUCUAAUUGGUUGUUUUGAGCAACUUAUCCGUUAUAUCUACAUCCAAGGCUUGAUACAUUGCCCCCACAGACUGAUACAGACUGUAUUGUGUCAACAGUAACUAAGCAGACAGUCAAGGGCUGUGUAUUAGUUCAUGAAGACUUAUUUAUUUCCUGUCCUGCUAAGGCUAUAAUGAUUCUUUAAUGACCAGAUGAUGAUGCUUGUAGACGGUAAUAACAAAACCAUGUAGACCAGGAAAUAUUGGGUCUCUUUAUGAAACAAAGAUAAGCCAAACAGUUGGGUUAUCUCACCUUCUCCCUAGAGGGUAACACCAGAGAAAUUGGAGAAUAGUUCUGUGAUAACCCAUGUUCUUGCUACAUGCCUUUGUCUCCAUCGAUCUCGAUGAACCAAUUUGACAAUGGUGGAAAGCCCUGAUUCUCAUCGUUAGCUAAUCUCAGGAUAACAUUUGCUAUAGCCGACAAAGAAGACCAAAGAAGCCAUAGCAGAGCCCCCAGAAGAGAAACUGUGGAGGUACAAUAUUAUGCAAUACGGCAAUAGAUAAUAGUUGUUACCUCAAGGCAGGGGCAGAUUGAAAACAGAAAGUGGUCCUGCAAAAAUGUGUAGAAGUGGCCUCACAUGGGCAGCACCAGAGGUAUACAAUGUAACCAUGAUGGCAGCACCACUCAUCACAUGAACAGGCCCACAUGCACAUCGGCCCACCAGUAAUUUUUUCUGUGGUUCCUAUGGUCAAUCCACCCCUGGCUCAAGGUCAUGGUAAAUAGACCUCUGUGUCCCUAAAACAUUUUCAUCCACUUUAAAGACCUGUGGCCUGUCUAAUGAAAAGCUAUUAUUGAAUGAGGUUACUUUUAUUUGUGACAACAAGGCCCCAGCAUGGAGCAUUUGCCUAUCCUCUCCAAUGUCACCCUGACUAGGCAACCAUUCAUUAGCUUCAUGCUUUUAAAGAUAGUGGGGAAUAAUGUUCACACAGACAGAAAGGUAGUAGUAGUAUUGUAGUAAGGACUCAGCAACCCAAGUGCACCUUUGUGUGGGCAGUGAAAUGGAUCCUAGUGCUGAUUGUACUGUACUGCACUGUGCUAGCAUAUAUAUAAUGCACAGACUGUCUAACUCACUAAUGCAACAGCUGUUUGAUUUUUCUGUGGAGUCUCCGAAAUAUCUUUCCAAAAUGCCUUUAACUUUUGUCAAAAUAACCCUGAAUUUUAUUAGGGUAGACAUGGGCCCUUUUCGUUCAUGAGCACGGAGUAACUACCAUAGGAACCCUAUUAUAAUGUGUCCCUAUAUAACCGCAAUAUAUUCAGGACCUAGCAAACACACUGAAAAACUAUUUUUAAAUCUACUUCUCUUAUUUUUAUCCGAGUAGUCCAGGAAGUGCAGUGGUCUAGUUACAACUAACAUGUCCGACCUAUGACUUGCUGCAAUUGUAGUACUGUGUGUGAUAAGCGCCUGGCAUGGAUACAGGAAAGGAAAAUUGUGUGCUUGUUUGCUGUUAAUAACACAAAUGUUAAUUGCUAUUCAGAAGAUAAUUUUCUGCAACACUUUAGCGACUUUGUGAAAAUACUGACAGGUUACCUUACCUCCUAUGUACAUUUAGGAUAUGUUGGUGCUGGAUGCAUAAUCCACCAAAGUUACACAUUACUGUUUGGUGCUAGAACUUGUAUUAGAAAUGUAACUCUUACAAGUAUCCUGUCUGUUUUCAGGGAUUGGACAAUCCAGUUCACUUAAAUGCACAAUAAUGUUUGUUCUUUAUAAUUAUGUGAAAUUAAACAUAUGUCGU